GACUGUAUAUUCCAUCCAAUCAGAGCUUGUCAAUGUACCCUUGAUCUUCGACAUUCGAGGCUUCUAUUUUUAUAUUGUGCAUUAGAUGCAGUUGGCACAAAACAUUUAUUCAAGACCAUCAUGGCUUAUCUAACAAAAGCCACAUCACUUUAUGGCACAAGAGCUCUUAACUUGUCUCCAUGUAAUUUAGUGCGUUUCACACCGAUUUUCUGCGCGAAAAUGGACUCGGUUCGCUACAAAUCUACAGCGGCCAUUCCUAAAGAAGAGGCCAAAGUAAAAAAUUACAAAGAGAUUCCUGGACCAGGCUGGAAAGGAAACUUAAGCUAUUUUGGCAAAAAUGGCAUGGAACAUAUGCAUCUACGCCAGCAGGAAUGGAGGCAAAACCACGGACCGAUUUACCGCGAACAGUUUGGACCUUACAAGACUGCCUUCGUCGCCGAUCCGAAACUUGUUCGAGAAGUUUUCCGAAAUGAGGGCAAGUAUCCUCAGAGAGAGCCUCAGAUAGAAUUGUGGAUGGAUUACAAAGAGAAGAGGAAACAGGCCCAUGGAGUCUUUUCGUCACUUGGUGAGGAAUGGUUUAAAGCACGCUCAGUUCUGAACAAGAAAAUGCUUAAGCCAAAGGUGGUUGAUGGCUACGCACCAGAGCUGUCAAAUGUUGUGGAUGAUUUUAUUGGCCGUGUGAAUGAGCUACGCAGCACAACCAGUGACAAGACUGUCCCAAACCUACAGAAUGAGCUGUUUAAGUGGUCAACGGAAUCAAUUGGCACUGUACUCUAUGAAAAACGAUUUGGUGCAUUUUCCCAGUCAGGGGCUGUAGAGAGCCAAAGCAUCAUCACUGCUGUUCAGAAUCUGUUGGCUGGCUUUAUCAAAAUUUUCUUUAUGCCUGUAUGGGUCACCAAGUUCUAUGAAACCAAAGCAGUAAAAAGGUUCUACCAGAGCAUGGAUACCCUGUAUGACUUCACUGAUAAAUGUGUAGAGGAAAAGCUCAAAGAUAUAAAUGAAAGAAGUGUUGAUGCUGAUGAGAAUAGUGAAGCAGAGUUCUUGACGUUCCUUGUUGCCAGCAAGAGUCUUUCAUUGUCAGAAAUCACCAGCAAUUUAGUGGAGAUAUUGAUGGCAGCAGUUGACACGACAUCAAAUACAAGCCUUUGGGCUUGCUACUGCCUGGCCAAGAACCCUGAAGUCCAGGAAAAGUUGCACAAAGAAGUCACAUCAGUCCUAGGACCAGGAGAAGUCGCCACCCCGGCAACUUUGAACAAGAUGCGCUACCUCCGCUCUGUCAUCAAGGAGACCUUAAGGCUCUACCCUGCUGCACCAGAGAAUGCGCGCUUCAUGCAGAAAGACACAGAGAUCGGCGGGUAUCUUAUUCCUCAAGGGACAAUGGUUCGCAUCCCCCUGUAUGUGAUGGGGCGUGACCCUGAAAUCUUUGACGACCCUCUGACGUUUAGCCCUGAGCGCUGGAUGAGGGGUGACGACACCCAUCCGGAUUAUCACGCAUAUGCCAUGUUGCCCUUUGGCCACGGAACACGCAUGUGUCUAGGUCGCAGAGUGGCUGAGCUUGAGAUGCAGCUGUUGCUAUCUAGGGUGUCGCAGUUGUAUCAACUUGAAUCCAAGAAUGACGUUAAGCCCAUCAGCAGAGGUCUCCUUUCGCCCGACAGUGACGUGAUACUGGCGUUCAAUGACCGCACAUGAAAGCCGCGUCUGAAAACCGCACAUAGACGUUUUUAGACGCUGGGAUCAUCUGGGCUUCUAGUUCCUAGAAAUAGUUAUCACGUACACUGUAAUUCCAUGUAGUGUAUAUAGCAUAUGCUAAUGUGGCUACAGGGGGGGGGGGGGGGGGGGUGGAGCAGUAACUUCUAGCCCCCACCCCCACCCCCACCCCAUUGUUGCGCUCGCUUCCUAGAUAGGAUGGGGACCUUGAUAGACAGCCCACGAUAGUUUUUUUCGAAGGAGUUCUAGAAGACAUGAUCACGGACACUUCCUAGAAGUAAACAGAAGGAGUGAUCAAAGCGCUCUAGAUCAUGUGUGAUCGAGUUUCUAGAAAUAACGAUAUCGCUUGCCGCAGCGCUGACAAGUAGGGACUUGUGGUUAAAUCGUGCCGCGAACUUCAGUGCUUUUCAAAGAGAAUAUUUUGGCACUCUGUGGUUUUAGAAAAGACUACUUAAGAGAGCUGCUGUGGUGAUUUAUUAGGAGAUUUUGUCCUUAUUGAGGCAAAGCCAAACACCCCCAUGAAUCCACCUUGGCUUGCAAACAUCCAUAAGCACAGCACUCAAUUAUGCCCCCAAUAGACUUUGUGAUGUCCUAAGGCACUCUCCCAUAUGCUCAUAACAGUAUUUUUUUAUGAAAAUACGCAACUUGUGCUCGCAUUAGCACAGCGACAAGGGAUUACAGAUUUGACGGCGAAGCCCCAUUGACUAGGUGCACGGGGUAUCUGUUUUCAAAUUGUUUUUCUGUAAAAUAAACACAAUAACCAGCUUAUUUCAGCAUACGUACGUCUUACUUGAGAUAAAGUUGAAAAGAUUGUUUUCAUUA